AUGGCAAGCAAGGUUCUUGUGCUUAUUUAUUCGCUCUGCAUCCUUUUCUACAACAGAUGGGCCACCAGGAAACACGCUGCUGCAGAUGCUCAAAAGACAAUACAGGAUGCAGAGCAACGCCCGAUGUUGUCAGAAACAAAUGAAGUGCCAUUCGGUGCUAGAGCUUUAGAGCGAGGCGUUCUUGUGGAAGGCAUAUGGACACCAGGCCAGGUGUCUCCUAUAGAACCCAAUACGCCGACCAGGCACGAAAGCGCUGGACCGGCCCUAACGCAGCUGCCUCCUAACCCAGCAAGUAUGGUACAGAGGCCUUCUCAGACAUACAUGCCGGUGUCUUUAUCAGGCCAGUCUGGUCCAAGGUGGGCUCCAGCAGUUUCCGACAUCAGGGCCGAAUCGUCGGAUAGUCUUUACCCCAACGCUCUGCAUGCAAACAAAUCUCGCCAGUCAGAGGUACAACUUGUUGGUAGCCAUCAUGAUGUUGUCGACUCAGAUGUUGCCCGAUCAAAGGUACGACUUAGUUCUUGUGGCUCAUGGAUCAACAAGCCUUUUGACAAGCGAUUGCCAGCCGUUGAAGGCAAGUCCAUGACUUUAUUCUAG